AUGAGUGUUCUAUCACUGCAGAAUUUCUCCUCCUAUCUAGAAAAGCCCGCAAGUUAUCCCCUCACAAUCACAAGAAAACCCGAUCUAAUAGCAGGGUUGCCCGAUGGAGUGCUAGCUUUGAUAUCGCCCAUAGUAGCAUACUGGAGCUAUUCCAUGUUUUUCCACAUCAUCGACGUUUACGAAUUAGCCGAAAAGUUCAGAAUCCACCCGAGUGAAGAUGAGCUUAGACGAAAUAAAGUCACGUUGCACGAGGUUAUUCGAGAUGUUGUGCUUCAGCAUAUAAUCCAAACGGUGGUUGGAUUAGCUGUGUUUUAUUUUGAUGCUGCGCCACUAACGGGGUACGAAUACCACACCAUGUGGCAAUUAAAACAAGCUUUACCUAGUUGGGUGCCAGAUCAGGCGAUUUACUAUGGGUACAUGUACGCAUGGCCGCUUUUGCGACUUUGCCUCGCUUCGGUGGUGAUUGAUUCGUGGCAGUAUUGGCUCCAUCGUCUAAUGCACGUCAAUCGCGCACUAUAUCGAAGAUUCCACUCGAGACAUCAUCGAUUAUAUGUGCCCUAUGCCUUUGGUGCCUUGUACAAUGACCCUGUGGAGGGUUUUUUGUUGGACACGUUGGGAAGCGGCAUAGCUUCCUUGGUCACGGGACUAUCGCAUCGUGAGCAGAUUAUAUUGUACACGUUUGCCACUUUGAAAACUGUCGACGACCAUUGCGGCUACAGACUUCCUUAUGACCCAUUCCAAAUCAUCUUCCCCAACAAUUCCGUUUACCAUGAUAUCCAUCACCAGAUCUGGGGCAUCAAGAAUAACUUCUCACAGCCCUUUUUCACAUUCUGGGAUGUUCUCAAUAGCACUCAGUACAAGUUUGUUAACGAAUACAAGGACUUGCAAAGUCAUAUAACCUUGAGCAAAUACAAGGAAUUUUUGGCUAGAAAAUCAAGAGUUGGCGGUGGCAAUGGCGGCGACAAGAAAGAAGAAGUCAAGAACAAUAACAAUGACGACAAAGAAGCAGAAGUAGAAGACAAGAAAGACAUUUGA